AUGGCUCGAUUAUACGAUGCAAUCGAACCAGAAGUUAUUUCAAUGAGUAUGCUUCAGCAUGCCGUUGAGUCAUCACGAGCUGAUGGAGAAAGUCUUGUCAUUCCAAAAGAUGAAAAAUUAAAUUUUAGUGAAGUUAAUGUACUUCGUUUGGACUUCAGAAACAUUCUUCGAAUGGAAAAUCUUUGGCUAUUUAGUAAUUUAACGAAACUACAAAUGGAUAAUAAUAUAAUCGAACGUAUUGAAGGACUUGAUACAUUGCAAAAAUUAACUUGGUUAGAUCUUUCAUUUAAUAAUAUAACACGUAUUGAAGGUCUAGAUUCUUUAACUGAAUUAACUGAUUUAUCACUAUAUAAUAAUCGAAUAACAAUUAUUGAAAAUAUGGAUUCGCUUAAAAAACUUAAUGUUUUUUCUAUUGGAAAUAAUCAAAUCGACGACGAAAAUAGCAUACGUUACUUACGUCGAUUUGAUAAUCUUCGAACUCUUUGUCUUCGUGGUAAUCCAUUUGCAUCUAAACCGGAUUAUUAUAUAUUUACAAUCUCUCAUUUACCACAAGUUCAUUUUCUUGAUUACAAACUUAUUGAUGAUGCGCCUAGGGAAGAAGCAACAAAAAAAUAUGAAAUUCAAUUACAACAAUUAAUAACACUUGAAGAACAAGAACGAGAGAAAGAGAAAACAGGUGAAGAUCAAGCUAAACAAUAUCAAUUACAUAAAGAUGCUUUUGUUGAAAAUAUGGAUCAAAAUCAAUUAUUUACAGCAAUGUUUAAAGAUGAUGUUGAAGGUCAAAAAUUAAUUCUUGUACCCGGUUCUGAUGAAUUAAUGACACAAUUUGAACAAAAAUGUAAUGCUAUUGUUUAUUCAAUGUUUGAAUUUGGUUUAAAAGAAAAAGAAAUAAGAGAUCGUGAAAUUGAAGAUUUUUGGAUAUGUGUUAAUGAAGCGAAGAAUGAAAAUACACGUCAAGCUGCAGCGAUCGUAGAUGAAUUUAAAACUUACAGAUCAACAUUAUUUGCAAAAGAAGAUCUUGAACAACAAGGUGUAUCACCAGAACUUGCAAGUGAAUAUGAUGACGCAUUAACGAAUCUUCGUAAUAAAUUAAUGGCUUUAGAAAUUACACUUGUUGAUCAAUUAGAAGAAACAAUUCAAACAUUUGAACGAAAUUUAGCUGAAAUGGUUUCGAAUUUUACGGAAUCUAUGCGUGCAAAUUUUAGUCAACUACGUGAAUUACAAGCGUUUUUUAAUGAGAACAUUAUUAAUUUAUGUGUAGCGACUGUUGAACGUAUUAUGAAAGGUGAAUUAGAAGAUGAAUUUCCUGAUGAUACACGAGAACUUUUUACUGAUAAAGAUACAAUAAUGAAUGCAUGUCAAACAUCCGAUGAAGUUCAUCGAACGAAAAUAGAUCAACGUGAAGAUGAAAUGUUUUCACGUAUAUCAAAUUGGUUAACAACAAUGAUGGAUAAUAUACAUGAAGAAGAAGAAUAUAAGCGAAAUCGUAAACGUAUUAUUGAAAUCAGCCGUCUAAUUGAUUAUUUACGAGCUGACAUUGAAGACAUGUAA